AUGGCGGCGGCGGAGGCAGAAAGGGAGCGGAGCGCACUGCGCAGACGCGAAGAGCCGCACCGCGCAGAGCACGUAGGGCCCAGGCCGUACCAAUCGCUCCGCCCCGCCCCCGGGUCAUCGCUGCACCCUGUCCUGUACCAUCGGGGCGCGAUUGCUUUCGCCUUCGAAGGCCUGGAGGAUGGACAGGGGCUGGGUGGGCUAUCUCACUGCGAAGGACACCAGACGGUGGUGAAAGGCCCCAGCGGGCUCCCCCCAGUGGACCAGCUGCUGCAGUUCCUCGUGGACAGCUCCGGGGACGCCCUGGGCCAGCGCCGCCGCGACGUGCUCCAGAAGUGCGCGCUGCACGCCGAGCCCUACCUCAUGUUCUCCACCGACAAGAAGUCGCUGCUGUGCAUCCGCUGCUUCCGGGACCUGCAGGGGUGGGUAGAGGGCGCGGGGGAGGAGGAGGCCCCCAUCCACUCCCUGUUCGGCAGCUUGCAGGACAAACUGGCGGAGAGGAAGGCGCUGCUGCUGCAGGCUGUGCAGAGCCAGUAUGAGGAGAAGGACAAGGCCUUCAAGGAGCAGCUCUCCCACCUGGCCACCCUGCUGCCCACCCUGCAGGUUCACCUGGUCAUCUGCUCCUCCUUCCUCAGCCUGGCCAGCAAGGCGGAGUUCCUGGACCUGGGCUAUGUGAGUCCCCAGCUCCUGCGGGGUCUUCCCCUCCAACACGGGGUCUCCCAGUCCACCACCGAGGGUUGGCAGCCUGUCACCUGGAGGCGGGAGCAGGGGUCUCUGGGCUUACCUUCCCCUCUUCCACACCAUCAUCUACAGGCUGGGACGAAGGGAGGGCCUGCCUUCCCACCCUCCCACUCUCCCGCCCCCCAUCUGCAUCCGCACUGGUUCUCUCCCAGGUUGGCAGGGGUCUCAGGCCCCAAGGUGCUGGGGCCCAGCUGCCCUUCCCCGGUGGGGAAGAUGUUGGGGUCACCGGUCCAGAAGCCCACACUGCACCGGUCCAUCGGCACCAAGGUGCUGCUGGCGGAGGGCGAGGACACGCCCUUCGCGGAGCACUGCCGCCACUAUGAGGACUCCUACCGGCACCUGCAGGCGGAGAUGCAGAGCCUGAAGGACCAGGUCCAGGAGUUGCACCGGGACCUCACCAAGCACCACUCGCUCAUCAAGGCCGAGAUCAUGGCAGACAUUCUCCGCAAGGCCCUGCAGGUGGACGCGCAGAUCGGCUCGGAGUACGCCUCCGUGGAGGGGAUGAGAGCAGCCUUCCAGGAGAUGUGGGAGGAGUCCUACCAGCGGGUGGCUGACGAGCAGGAGAUUUAUGAAGCCCAGCUCCAUGACCUCCUCCAGCUGAAGCAGGAGAAUGCCUGCCUGACCACCAUCACCAAGCAGAUCACACCCUACGUCCGCUCGAUCGCCAAGGUGAAGGAGCGGCUGGAACCCAGGUUCCAGGCGCCCGUGGACGAGGAGUCAGAGCAGCUCCAAGACCUGGGUGACGACAGCACGAAGGACGAGGCCCAGGCCAGGAGUGACCCAGCGUGUGGGGCGGACAAGAGGGAGACCUCGGAGCCCAGAGGAAACAGCCGGACCCAGCAGAGCCUCGCGGAAGAGCCUCCCCUGCAGAGCAAAGAUCCUCAUGGACCCAAAGCGAGAAACGGGGGCGAUGUCCCCCCACGGAGGGAGCGCCCCACCUAGCAGAUGGGGCUGGUCCCGGGCGUGGGCCUGUCACCAGCAAGCCCGGGCCUGUAAGAAAAGCACGCUCCCCCAUAACAUUCACAGGGUGAAGGGGGGUUGCUUAUCAGCAGUAAAACCCAGACACGCUCACAGGUCAUUUCAGGCUCUGGCUGGGGCCUAGCUUUGCUUUCCCUGCAUUCACGUAGCACAAAGUCUGGGUUCUCAUCAUGGCGACAGGGGACGAGUCCUAGGCCACAUGGUUGGUCAGUGAGGGACCAUCCAGCCCAGCGGGUGUGGCUCAGUGGUUGAGCAUCAACCUAUGAACCAGGUCAC